GCCUCCCGGUACAAGCGUCACGCCGCCGCGUCCGCUGUUAGCUGGGGGCCGUCCGGCCGCGCAGUGCAAUGUGGGAGUGAUUAAGGAAGUAAAAUGGCGGAUCUGGCGAACGAAGAAAAGCCUGCCAUUGCUCCACCUGUCUUUGUAUUUCAGAAGGAUAAAGCACAGAAGUCCUCUGCAGAGCAAAAAGGCUUGUCGGAUUCAGGAGAGGACCCACAGGGAGAGGCUGAGUCCCCCCACCGUGGUCUGGGUCACACAGAAUCAGCUGGUGAGCGUGACUUUGAGCUUCCUGCUCCCACUGUUGCCUCAGUCAGUGCUACUUUGAUUCCUGCUUCUGAAGCCCAGCUUGCUCCUAUUCAACAAGAACUGGCAGGGAGGUCAGCAGAUGGGUCAAGUCCAGAAGAUGGAGAAGAUUCAGAUCACGAGGAUGGAAGUUACUGUCCUCCAGUAAAGCGGGAAAGAACUUCAUCUUUAACACAGUUUCCUCCUUCACAGUCAGUAACAAAGAACAAUGUCUUUAUGCCAUCAAGCUUCUGUGAACCUUCUACAGGAAAUUCUGACUCAGAACCAGAGGAAAAGAGCAGUGGAUUCCGACUGAAACCGCCAACACUUAUCCAUGGUCAGGCACCCAGUGCAGGCCUCCCAAGCCAGAAACCGAAAGAACAGCAACGAAGCGUACUGCGUCCUGCAGUAUUACAAGCACCACAGCCAAAGGCUUUCUCACAAAUGGUUCCAAGCAGUGGGACCAAUGGUAUAAACGCCCCACCAGAUUCUGGAGUGGCAGCUCCAUCAGAAUCAUUAAUCAGCACAACAGUGAAAAGAUCAGACUCUGAAGACAAGGUGCGAGAAUGCCAGAAAAAAGAGCUGAACAGUACUACAGAGGAUGAUAAUUAUGAGAAGCCAGAGCAAAAUGCACAGCAAGCAUUUGUGUUUGGGCAGAAUUUGCGAGACAGAGUUAAGUUAGGAGAUGAAAGUGAUGAAACAGUUGAAGUACAGAUUGCAGGACUUCCAAGUUCAGACCCUCCAUCUGCAACAAAUUACUUUCUUCAGUACAUCAGUUCCAGUUUAGAGAAUUCUACAAACAGCGCAGAUCCAUCCAGCAACAAAUUUGUUUUUGGACAGAACAUGAGUGAGAGAGUGUUGAGCCCACCAAAAUCAAAUGAUGGUGGUACAGAGAGUAACAAGGAGAAUACUGCUUCAGAAUCUGGCUCUGAAUCUUCUUCACAGGAAGCAACUCCAGAGAAAGCUAAUAAUAUUUCAGAAUCGCUGGCAGAGUCUGCAGCAGCCUAUACCAAAGCAACUGCAAGGAAAUGUUUGUUGGAGAAGGUAGAAGUGAUCACUGGGGAGGAAGCAGAGAGUAACGUGUUACAGAUUCAAUGCAAAUUGUUUGUGUUUGAUAAGAAUUCUCAGUCUUGGGUGGAAAGAGGUAGAGGACUUCUAAGACUCAAUGAUAUGGCAUCAACGGAUGAUGGGACGUUACAAUCUCGGCUGGUAAUGCGGACUCAGGGGAGUCUCAGGUUAAUCUUGAACACCAAGCUCUGGGCCCAGAUGCAGAUUGACAAAGCCAGUGAAAAAAGUAUCCGAAUCACAGCCAUGGAUACAGAGGACCAGGGUGUCAAAGUUUUUCUUAUAUCGGCAAGUUCUAAAGAUACAGGACAGCUGUAUGCUGCAUUACACCAUCGGAUCUUGGCUCUGCGGAGUAGAGUGGAACAAGAGCAGGAAGCCAAGAGCACAGCACCUGAACCAGAAGUAUCACAGUCAAAUGAGGAAGAUAGUGAUGAUGAUGAUGUCAUUACUCCUUCAGGAUCAGCUGGAAGUGGUCCUAAUGAUGAAGGAGAUGGGCAGAAUGUUGGCAGCACAUAGCUGUGAGCUUGUCUGCUUGCAAGGCUGCUGUGAACAUAUUCUUGCAGGCACCUUUCUGGAUAACCCAAGCCAGCUAUUGUUACAGGCAGCGUUGAAACCGCCAGGACUUAGGAACCGUGCAUCCCUGUUCAGUUGGUUUGGUUUUUAGGUCCGGAUCAGUAGAGUCCACAAACAAAAGCAGACUUGGAAACUGCCUGAAUGUGGUUUGGGAUAUGAAAGCUCAUCAUAUUGAUGAGCAGAAAAAUAACAUUUCCCCUCUUCCUUGUAAUUGAAAUGGCACAUUACAGCUUGUCACAGCUUUUUCAUUGGGAACUUUGGACUGUUUCUUCAGUAGUUCAUGUCUUGCAGGCCUCUAAGACGGAACUUUUCAGCACGGUUCCAACUUGAAUACUUCUUUCAUAACCUCUGCCACCCUCUCCUCUUUUUCAGUUCCUGCCACCUGCAAAGAAGCUGUGCUCUCCUCUGUUCUUGUGCUCAGUGACCGCCCUUUUGGGUUUAUUCUCUUGGAUAGCAAAUGGGGCAGCUUGCAUUUUUAUUUUUUAUUUUAUUUUAUUUUUUACUUUAAAUCCCCAUGUAGUUUGUGGACCCUGUUGUCCCUUGUCUGGUGGGUCCAUAUGCAGAGGUAAAACAAAUGUUGUGGCUCAACAGGAAACCCUUUUAUUGAGUUAAGAGACUUUUUAAAGUCCACUGGACAUUUUGCUAAUAACUCCUUUCUUCUUCCCUUCAAGUUCCAAUAUUAUUUGGGGAUUUAUAUUGUGGUGAUACUUUUUAUUUUAGUUUUUCAAUAAGAUGCUCUUGUGUGUUGAGAAAGUGAAACUAUUGUUUUGUACUGUUCUUUUCUGUUACUAUUUAAGGGAGAGCUAAGCCACUAUAUAUAAUAGAUGUUGCAUACAAAUUUUCUUAGUAAAUUUAUGUUCUUGUAGCUACAAUAAAGCUUAGGCAGUAUACCAGUCAUACCUUCAGAACAGCUGACUAGGAAAUAGCUGUUUGCCUUUGAAAUAAUAAAGUGGGCUCAUUUGGUAAGUUGGGUCAACCAUUAAAAUAGACCGAUAUACACACACAAAGCAUUCUUGAGUAUUGGCUUGAUUCAACAAGCUGCUUAAGCACUUGCCUAACUUAAAGCUUAUGAGUAAACCUGAAUAGUUAUAUUGGCUUCAACGGGACUAAAGUUAGGUCCAUUCUUAAGUGUUCUGCUGAAUUGGGGGCCUAAAUUCGUAAAUCAUUUUCUAACCCAUCUUUUUUCCCACUUUUUUUCCUUUUAAGUUAUGCAGCAUGAAAGAUGAACUAUAUUGCCAGUUUUUAUUAGUUUGGGCUGAAAGACCCAUCCCACUCAGCCAAAUAAAGGCAAGAAAAUGGCGCUGUCAGUAAUUCUGAAGGGUUCCUAUUUUAAACACAACUCAUUUUGUUUUGGCCACUAUUUGACCUUUUGGGCCUCUUCUGUAAAACUCCCAAGAAAUUUUUAUUAACUGAAUUGAUAUUCUCAAAAUUACCCAGAAAAAUUGGACUUGCAUAGCCAGUGAAGAGUAGUUUUGUAGCCACUUUCCUGUGUGUAUCCCCUUUUAUUUUUUCUUUAUAAAUGAAUCCCUUGAUGGUGAUCUUUUGGUUUGCUUACCACUUUUGUACAAACUUUGUUUCAAGUUUGGAAGAACGAAAAUGCAUCUAAAAGUGAAACAUGAGGAAGAAAACUUUUUAAUGCUGCCAAUGUUGAAAAUUAAAACCUGAGUUGUAGCACACAAGCAAGUUGAAUACUGUUCAAAUUGCACAGGAUCCCUUCUUGCUUUUAUAUAAAUGAAAAAAAGAUACGUAUACAGUUAGGAGUCCAGAACCCAUUUAGCUUCUCUUUGUAUUUUUUCUGUUGUCCAACUGUUGCUAGAGAUUAAUUGCUUAUUUUCCUGACUGCUCAUAAAAGGACCCCUUCAGUUACUUGUUUUGGGAGUGGAAAGGGCUCAUGAUUAGCUGUGCCAUUGCAUUUGUGACCCCUCUGGACUGUCUGCUCAUGCAGUCUCUGAAUUUGUUUUUUCUCUAUGGAGGGAGUUGUGCUUUUUGCCAUGCACAAUCCAGUUGAGGUGCAGUUUUUCAUGCUGCUCAGUAACAGAAAUUUGGCAGAUUUCUACUCACCCACAAGUGUUUUUUCUGCACCGUGAAUUUUGGAACCUUUUGGUUGUGCAUCAAGUAAUCUGCAUAUUUCGGACCUUUUUACAUUGAUAUUCAGAGGAAUUUAAACAACUCUUUUCAAACAAACUUUUGAUGUAAAGCUUCUCAUUUUCAGUCUAAAGGUUAUUAAAAAGUUGAUAAAGGGUCUUUGUCAGCAGGACCUAAUUGUGGAAAACCAGGUGUGUUCUAGUUGCAGGCUCCAUUCCUUUCAGACGUGUGUGUGUGUGUGUGCGUGCGUGCGUGUGUGUGUGUGUGUAUGUGUGUGUGUACAGUACCACUUCCUGGUGCUUCACCUUCAUGUGAAAUUGACAAGGCAUCAAGAUUGAGAAGAAUGGAGUAGACAUGCUUGUUUCUUGGGGUGUAGUGGUGUUACCCAAUUACCCACAGAAGUAAUUCUUAAUCUGGUAGCUAUUUACUGGUCAAAUUUGAUUCCAGCUGGAAGCCUUGCAUAUAUGUUUAUAGUAAAGAAGAAAAUAUUUCAUAUUUAUCCAAAACAUGAUGGUCUAUAAACAAUUAAUUAAUUGGCCAGAAGUUAAUUUCAAGCCCUGUCCAGCAAGAUGUAGUUAAGCCAGAGCUGAAUUUUAUUACACUUUCUGCUUUAAGCCUUAGUAAACUAGUGACAAGUAAAACCAGAUAAUGCCCAUGUGUUUUGAAAGAUUUCUGUAAGAUUGUCAUAUCAAAUGUAUUUGGGAGUUACAUUAAAACUUUUAACAAAAAA